CUCAAUGGACGGUGGCUGCUGCGGUGUCAAGCGCAAAGGACAGACCAUCAGCAGGUGUUCCCUUUGUGGACGGUGGGCACUGGGCAGGGCGCGGAGGUCAGGUAGGUCCGGCAUUACGUAAGUGCUUGGUCUUGCUUGCGGCUAUUUGGCCAUGGGCGUGUUUGUAUCGUCAACAGGGGAUGUCUCUCAAAAGGGACGAGUGAUCUUGCCUUCCGUUUUGGAUCGUCCUCUUUCGUCGCCCCCUUCCCAAACCGGCAGCCUCGCGUCGCCCGACUCGACCCCGCCCCCGCCGCCACCCAGCCCAGUGCCCGACGCGCGCCGCACAACAGGUCGCGCCCCCCGCUGCCACCCCCCCCGCUUGGGCGCCUCUGCCGCUUCGGGCGAUGGCCUUGCUCUAUAUGGACAUGCCCUGACGCGACCCCAGAUCAGCCGCCGCCCGGACUUCUACGCGUUCGCCCAGUCCUCCUCGCCCGACUCGCCGCCCCAUAUGCGCAAGCGCCAACGCACCAUGGACGCCACCUCUGUCGAUGCCCACCCCGCUAUGGCCCAGCGCGGCCCGCCCCCGCCUCCCAUGAGCGUCAACGAGGACGCGUUCAUCACCGACGAGCAUGCCGCCGACGACGGCGAUGACGAUGACGAAGACGGUCCCAAGGACAAGAAGGCCGGACGCCGCAAGAUCAAGAUCGAGUUUAUCCAAGACAAGUCCCGUCGCCACAUUACCUUCUCCAAACGCAAGGCUGGCAUCAUGAAGAAGGUACUGCUCCCCACAUAAUCUCACGUGUACAUGUUUAUUGACGCGCGUCUGACAGGCCUACGAGCUCUCCACCCUCACCGGCACGCAGGUCCUCCUGCUCGUCGUCUCC